CUGCCUGCCCAACCAUUCAAAACGGAACCUCACUUCCUUCUCUAAUCUUCCUGCCGACUUCAUCUCCGGACAUACAUCAACUGAAGCAUUUUUACUACAGCACGUGAGAUGAAGACGGAGAGGCAGUUUACGCUUUACACACAUUCAUUUGUGACAAAAUUGUUGAUCAGAGCUAACUCCGGAAACAUUUCAACCCACUUCCAAUUUUUCAUUGUGGUUGUGCCACUCGACAGCCCGGGUUCCAAUCCUGGGUCAUUCCGUGUAGGACUUAUGGUGGACAAUUUGGCAAUGAGAUUUUCAGGCCGUGAUGGCGGGAAGCAGGAGGACUCAUACUGUACGAAAACCGUUCUUUCCCCACACUUCUCUCGGGAGGAAAGCGGUUCUUUCGGAGAUGAAAUAUUACCCACUGCCUACUCCUGUCUGGGUGGAGAACAAGAGGAGGAGCCAGCUGUCAACCGAAAUAAUCAUCUUUAUUAAUGACGUGGGAAACUGGGUAGAACCCAGAACCUGUUAGGACGUUAUUGGAAAGAAAGAAUCUUGCCCUGCGUGGAAAUCGAACCCCGGCCUUCCAGUCCGUAUCACGUCGCUGU